UCUUCUUUCCUCUUUCCUCUGUGGAAGAACAGAGACUUUGGUCAACACAUAUCCUUCCAAUCGGGUCUACAGUUGAGUUUUCUUCAUUCCCUGCUACAUGGCCACGUUUGCCCGCAGCGCACCUCUGCCGGAGGGGAACAUACUUGUUGAGGGUGCGCAGUUUCAAGAGAUCGUGCAGAGGAGCCGCACCUUGUUACAAAAGAUCCUGCUCUCCAUUCCCGACACACACAAAUCCUGCAUUCACACAGAGACUCUACAACUUAAUUCCUCCGAAAACGCAAAGCUUGUGAUGAUGGCAUCCACCAUUGGCAUCCCCUCUGCUCCUGUAGUCACAGUUGUGUCAGAAAAUCUCACUUUGGAGACCAGUUUGACACGAAUGUCCGAGGGUCUUCAGCUGCACAGGGCCUUACUGAGCUCCGUCUCUCCUCGGCUAGAAAACAAAGACAAGGUGACUGUGCUACAGGCAGACAUCAGAGACCUCGUCAUUCAGAUCAAUAAGAUGCUUAAAAUGAUCCAAGCAGAGGCAGUAGUGCAGCCCUCACCAACCCCCGUAGCCUUGCGUCUGCCAGGGGAAUACGAGGUUCAGGUGGCAGCACACCUGACCCUGGUGCAGCUCCAGUCCUUCGGGCAGGACACGGCCCGCUUCCUCAGGAGUCUGGACCACAGCAAUGAGGACACAGAGAGCUGACCACUGACUUUGGUUCAUGUCCAAAACAUGCCUUAUUCUGCCAUUUUUUUUUACCAUAGUAUUUA